GAAUGUGGUGAUUUUUGCAAUGGGUGGUGAAAAGCUCGACGAUCGAUCUGGUUCGAGAUGCAUUUUGCGAAAGUUUCCAAGCUUUGGUAAAGCUCUAUAAAUGAAGAUAAAGUUUACAUCUCGUAGUGUAAGUUCGUGCGGUAGAUUUGAAAAGUUUCUAAGAAUGAAAUUCGCAUCUUCGAGAUCGUGGAGUUGAAUGUGUUUCUGCGUCCUGUGGUCCAAAGUAUAAUAGUCAUAUUCGAAUGUCCUUUGUGUUCAUUGAAAUCUCUUUAAUUUGGUGUUUUUCGUCAACUCGUCGUUAAUUCGUGUAGUUAUCGGGUAAUUGGAUCGUGUGUAAAAUGGGUUUAUCAAUAAGAUGUACAAUAUUGUGAAUAGUUAAGUUGUAAAAAUUAUGCAGUCAUUAUUUUGGACGGGCAGGCUAGUAAGUCAUGCGUUAUGGAACCGUGUUACCAAUUUUUCCACAUCUCCUGAGCCAUUAGCGAGUAAGAAACCUCAUUUACUAUCUGCUGUCUGCGGAUUCCCCAAGGAUUUCCACGAGAGUAAGCUACCCAAAGGGAAAUUCGGCGAUGAUGCUUGGUUCGCUGCUAAAUGGAAGUCAGCUGAUGUUCUAGGUGUGGCUGAUGGAGUCGGUGGCUGGAAGGAUUAUGGAAUCGAUCCUGGUGAAUUCUCGAAGUUUCUAAUGCAGACAUGCGAACGAUUCGUAACUACUGGUAAAUUCAAUCGAAAAGAUCCUCGUAGACUGUUGGCUUCGAGUUACUACGAAAUAUUUGAAAAUAAACAACAUAUAUUAGGCAGUAGCACAGCAUGCGUAGUAAUACUGAAUCGAGACACUUGUUCAAUCUAUACAGCCAAUAUCGGCGAUAGUGGUUUUGUAAUUGUAAGACAUGGUAAAGUAGUCCAUAAGUCUGACGAACAACAGCACUACUUUAACACACCCUAUCAACUUGGAAUACCUCCUGAAUCAUGCAGGUCAACUGUGAUCGCUGACAGCCCAGAGUCAGCUGAUACGUCUAAUUUCCAAGUCGAAGACGGAGAUGUAAUUCUGCUAGCUACCGACGGAGUUUUCGAUAACGUACCCCAACACAUGUUGUUAACCGAACUCGAAGGCUUGCAAGGAGAACGGGAUCUAGUCCGGAUCCAAAAAGUAGCUAAUAGUAUAGCUUUAAUGGCGCGUUGUUUAGCUUUUGAUCGUAAUCAUAAUUCGCCCUUUACAACAGCCGCUUGGAAACACGGUAUUCGUACCCAAGGAGGCAAACCCGAUGAUAUAACAGUAUUGUUGGCUACAGUCGCUUUUUCGUAACAGCUAACAGUCUGCAGUUCGUCGUUUCGUAGAGUGUAUGGUUGAUUGGACGUACUACAUUAUUGUUGAUUUUUUUUUUUCAUUUUUCUAUACAACUACUACGGUGCCACCAGUCUUCUGUAAUAAUUUUGUACAUCGUUUUAUUAUUUUUUUUCUCCUAUUUUUAGUCGGAUUUAUAUAUGAUUAUUGUCUUUAUUAUGUAAUAAAAAAUUUGUUUUGUAUGUAUAA